GAGGCUAGAGCUCGAGCGGUUUGCGAGCGAGCACCGCUCUAGCGUCGCUAGAGCGGACACGGGCGUAUUGGUGCGGAGCCUGAGGUGUGCGCGCGCGGAGCGUGUUCUGUCCCGACUGUUAGCGCAGUGACGAACGCGGUCGCGGGUGACGAUCAUGACGACGACGACGACCGAGACAACGGCAAUGACGUUGCUGGAUCCUGGCCGCCGCGUUUCCUGAUCGGCUGCUGCUGCUGCUGCCGUGUGUCCGCCGGAUCCGCGUCGAUCCUCGAUAUUCCCGGCGCUACUUCCGCUCGGCUGCUUCCCGGUCGGCGAUCGCGCACGGGCCCGAGGAUCCUAGAUCACAGCGGGCCGAAGAUCGUUCCACAUUCCCGGCUGAGCGUGCGACCGGCCGCCCGUGAAGCUGAUCCGCGAAGUCUAGUGAAUAUUUUAAGCCUGACACGAGAGCCCGCAUGUAGGAAGAGGCGGCGCGGCGGCGGCUGAUUCACUGGUGACCGUUCCCGCACACGUAGGAGGAUCUGCACGCUCGUAAGAAUGCUGUCCUCCUCCUCGGGCUGCUAGGCGGACGCCGAGCUAGCUACCCCAGGUAGCUGACUUUCGCGCCUUCGAUCUCCGUACGUGUGCGCGAUCGCGAGUCGGAAAGAAAGGAAAAGGGAGAGACGACCUAGCGGGUCGCUAGAGCGAGAGACACCGGCCGAGGAACGGAGGCCGGGAGUGACGGCGGUAGAAAGAGAGAGCGAGAGAGAGAGAGCGAGAAAGAACGAGAUAGAGAGAGCGAGAGAGAGAGAGAAAGAGAGACAGAGAUAGAGAGAGAGGGCCACAUUCCGAGCGGAUCACGGAUGCUUAUAGAAGCGUUGCGUAACGGCGUCAGACGGACGGCGAAACCGCGGCUGCUCGGCCGUCGAGUUUCGACAAGUUCGACGACGACGGGGAAGCGGCCGCAUCCUCUUCUGGUGUCGAGGCGGGUGUCUGGAGGCGGGUACGCUGACUGAAGGGUCGGCCGCGUGUUCUCGGGCAGUGUGCUGGUGUUGGUUCGUUCGCGGAGGUCCGUUGGAACGCGUGAGACGGGAAACGUGGAGGCGGACAGGAAGGAUGGAGCAACGUCCAGGGGGACGCGCGCGCGAUUUUUGCUAACGGGCCGACACGACCACCGCGACCACGACGAAAACGACGAUAACGAAGACGAGGAAGAGGUGGAAGAAGAGGAGGACGAGGAAGACGUGGGCGGCGGGGAGCAGAGGCGGCGGCGGGGGAGGCGGAGGCGGCGGCGGAGGAGCACCGGUGCAGAGAGAUGCAGCAACAGCCACAGUCUGGCCAACAGUCCGGGGCACCGAACGGGGUGGCAGGUGGUGCCCAAUUGCCGCAAACAGGUGGCAUAGGCACGGCCCAACCUGGAGCGACAGGUACCGCCACCGCGGCGUCAAAUCGCGCCCAGGUUAACGGCGGCAGAUUCGAUUUCGACGAUGGCGGCACCUUCUGCGGCGGUUGGGAGGACGGCAAGGCCCACAGGCACGGGGUCUGCACCGGACCCAAGGGCCAGGGAGCCUACUCCGGCAGCUGGCACUUCGGCUUCGAGGUCUCCGGCGUCUACACCUGGCCUAGCGGAUCGGCUUACGAGGGCCAGUGGCAGAAUGGGAAGCGGCACGGGCUCGGCAUGGAAACCCGGGGCCGGUGGAUAUACCGCGGUGAAUGGACGCAAGGAUUCAAGGGUCGAUACGGUGUCAGACAAUCGACCACGUCCACGGCGAGGUACGAGGGCACGUGGGCGAGCGGUCUCCAGGAUGGAUAUGGCUCCGAGACCUACGCCGACAGCGGUACCUAUCAAGGCCAGUGGCACCGUGGAAUGAGGCACGGUUAUGGUGUAAGAGCAAGCGCACCCUUCGGUUUAGCCAGUCAUUACAAGCCGUCGAAGCAAGUCAGAGCGUCGUUGACGUCCUUGAGGAGUGCGGAUGGCGGAGGACCAGUCGCCCCGACACCGGAACCAACCGACAAGAGGGACCGUCGUGUCGACGACAGCAGGGGCGGUUUUGUAUUGAAAGCUAGAAGCGACGAUCCUCCAGCCAGGAGGAAGAGCCUCACCGAGAAGUCCUUGAAGAAGGGAAUCCUCUCGGGACUGAAAAUUCGAAAACAGAGGAGCACAGGUGACUUGGAGAAACGCGGCACCGGUGGCAGUAUUAGAAGCAACGUUAGCUCGGCGUCAUGGAUGUCGACAGAGAGCUCGCAGAGUCAAGCAUCUGCAUCCGUUCACACGGACAGCAACGCGUCCUUUGUCAUCGAGGACGAGCAGAUGGACGCCUCGGUGACGGAGACCUACCUGGGCGAAUGGAAGAACGACAAGCGGACAGGGUUCGGGAUAUCGGAGCGUAGCGACGGUCUCCGGUACGAGGGCGAGUGGUUCAACAACCGGAAGUACGGCUACGGCGUGACGACGUUCCGCGACGGGACGAAGGAGGAGGGCAAGUACAAGAACAACGUGCUGAUCAGCAGCCAGAAGAAGAAGCACCUGUUCCUGAUCAGGUCGGCGAAGUUCCGCGAGAGGAUAGAGGCGGCGGUGAACGCGGCCCAGCGGGCGAGCAAGAUCGCGCUUCAGAAAGCGGACAUCGCGAUCUCGCGUGCGGCGGCGGCGCGCGGCCGAGCGGAAUUGGCGGACAUCGCGGCUCAGCACGCGAGAGAGGACUCGGAGCUGGCGCAGCAGACUGCCAAGCAGUUCGCGCCGGACUUCCGGCAGCCGGGGCUGGAGAGGUUACGGACCAGGGAGAUCCCGAAGUACGUGCCGCCCCCGCAGGACAGCGUUCCGAGGAAGAGCAUCCUGCAGAAGGCGGGCAGCGUGGACCAGCCCGGUCUCCAAGCUCCCACGAAGAGCCCGAUCUCGUCCAUAGAGCCCACGUCGACCACCAGCACGUCCACCGUCAGCAACAUGAUGCAGUCGAUCAGGCGGGCCAGCAUGAAGCAGAACCAGCUGCCGCAGAACCCUCUGCUGGCGAACCAGCUGCCGCAGAGCCAGAACCCGCUGCCGCAGAACCAGCUCACCCAGAAUCAGAUACCCACCCAGGUGACUCCCGCGCAACUGGUGAACCAGUUGCCGCUGAGCCAGCUGAACCAGACUACCCUGAGCGGCCAGAACCUUUACCAAACACAGUUCCCGCCGCAGAUGCCCCAGAAUCUCGUGCCGCAGGGCCAGUACCCUAACAGUUUACCGAAUCAGUAUCAGCAGCCGGGCCAGUACCCCGGAGGCCCGUUCCUCCCGCAAUCUCAGUUUCCUGUUCAGGGUAGUCCGUACGGUCAGCCGCAGUACCAACCGAUCAGCCCGCCACAGGCCGACCCGUACUCUUAUCAGCAGCAGAUGGCUAGCCCCCAAGGCUACCAGAAUGUCCAGGCAUAUCCCAAUCAGCAGAUGACACUACCGAAUCAGUACGGGCCUGGUCAGAUGAGCCAGUACGGCUCGCAGCAGUUGUACGGGCAACAGCCGCCACCGCCUCAGCAAACGCAGGUUCCGCAGCAGUAUCAGCCCGACGGGAUCGGGGACCCGCAACGACCACCGAGUUCGACGAGUAUACGAAGAAACAGCAGGGUCUUGACCCCGCAAGAUCGACCCGAGACUAUUGGCCAAACUCUGAACGACAGACUAGAUCAUUACAAGAGGCCGCCCAGCCGCGAUAGUUCCGUGGAUCGUUACGCUAGAGCGCAUUCCCGGUUGACUGGAUCGAGGCAGCCGUCCGUCGAUAAAACCAUCACGAACCCGCCCCAGGAUAUGCUCGACAGAUCAACGAGAGCACCGAGCGUGAUCCGAUCAGGCACGCCUUUGAACGGAUCUGUGGUGGGCAGCGGCACCGCGACGCCGACGUACGCCGCCUCGACUUCCGGUCAGUUCGAGGGCGCUCUGCUGAAGAAUCGUGGCCUUGGACAGGACAUUCUACCGAGCCAGGGACAGCCUAAGCGCACCGAAAGCCUCUACGUCGCUCCCGGACGCGGUCCAACCGCAUCCGUUGGCGGCGGCGGAGGCGGAGGCGGUGGCGGCGGGGGCGGAGGACCGAAGGACGCAGGCCGGACGGUCCCCGCCUUCGCCGCAACGUCGAAGGGCCGCGCAACCCUAUGAGUAUAAGUAUUAUAAUCAAAUAUGUACACACUGCGAUUUGGCGGGAGGUGGCGAGAAGCUCAAGUCGCGUUUUCCUCGCGUGUUUUCACUCUCCUGGCCGAGAAACCCGGCACGCGGUCUCACCCUGGAUGCUCGAGCGGCGGCGGAAACUUUAGGGGACGUUCUCCGAGACGGUUAGGGCACUCCGGUAUACGGCAGUGCGGUGUCCGGGAGUCGUUUAGCGAGGAUAACUUAGGCUAAGGUUGAACGCUGGUGGACGGGCUUAGGUGGACGUAGUCGUACGAUUUUAUAGAUUUUUUCUAGACAUUUCGUUUCUCCGCGAUUAUUUCGACGCUUCGUGACGGUUCGUUCGUUGGUUCGAGUCUUCGCGAAUUGGACUGCGGACUUUUAUGCAUUUAUAGCAAAAAGAAUGGAUAAACGAGGCUAUCGAAGACAGAAGAGAAAUUACGAAUACUAUUACUUUUACUUUCACUGUAUCAACGUUGUUAAAAGAAUAAAUACUUUUUUUAUGUAACUUCUAAUUAUAUAAUGGACGAGGACAAUUUUUAUUUCGCAUAAAGAUCCGUGAUCUAGUCGUAAGAUGCGGGAGCCACGUUGACAUUUAUUUCAUGCUAUCGUAACUUUAAUUAGCUGAAAAUAAUGCAAGGGUAUCGGCGAAGUUCUUCAAAUGAUUUAACCAUCUCGCAUUCGAUCUACGCUCGUUUUUUCUCAUAAACACAUAAAAUCCUCGGUCUAUUUAUAAGAUACAUUAUCUAACGUUAUCUCGCGAAUAUUCAUUUUGAGUACAAUCGUAAAUGUAAAUCUACAAUUGCGAGCCUACGAGAUUCAAGGAGAAAGUUGUUACUCUUUUAUGCCGAUGAACAUACGUUCGAUCUCUUUGACAGCCUACGUGAAUUCCUGUGAUACUUGAAGUGAUCCUACGCGACAAAGCAACCCACGAUGUUACAAAAGCGAUCUUCGCUUAAAGGCAAAAACGCGUACAAAGAACGGAUCCGCGAAGUCCACAAAGAAACGUGUUAUCCCUUUCAUCUCUUCGAUAUUCUCGGGACUCUCGAACAGCCUAAAUAAAUUCAUGCCUCGCAUCCGGUAACUUUAUACAACAAAGCCAAAGGAUCGUAAAGGAUCUAAAGAAUCGCGAAGGAUCGUGAAGGAUCCGCAUUUAUUAAUAAGAACACGGUCGAAGGAUCGCGUGAUAUCUGUCGCCUAACGACAUCGUCUCCGAUAAACGCUUUAUUUUUCAGAAGCUUCGUACCUAACGCGCGAACGUACGCGGCAUUUGCCCGGAGGCUGGUAAAGUAUCAUUCCUUAUCACGAACGUCCCGACGACAGGACUUACUAUAUACUAGAAGAAAUCCGCCGAUAAAUCCUAAGUACCGUCCCCGUCCACCGGCGAAGGUAGUUUAACUUGUUCGUCGUACCGUGUCGCAGUGUAUCUAGUGUUCAUAGAGUUCAAUGUCUGUCGCAGGGUGUCACGUUGUGUUCCUUGUAACCGAGGCUGCUUGUACAGCGUGCUUAUUUACUCGAUAAAAGGAAGUCUCGAUUUUGCUCGAGAAAAAAGACAAAAAAAAAGAAAAGAAGAAAUACAGUAGAGAGCGAGCUCGCUCGACGAUCCAGGGUGAACUCGCGACGCAGCCCCGCAGACUUCUCUGCGCUCCACGUUCCGCCGGCCAAGCCGGCCCAGAUGUUCGCGCGUUCCCGGGGUCCCGGAGAUCGUGUGUUUAAUUGAAAAGGCUCGUCGUCGACCGGUGAUCACGGUGAUCAUUCCGGGACCGUGCCAAAGACGACCACCCUCGGACACGGUGCUUCCCGCGUGCCGGACCAUGCACGCGUGUUCGCGCGCCAGCGCUCCUCGGAUCGGUCGAUCGAACAACAACAACGCGUCGAGAUACACCAUCCCCAUUCUGGGUGCGUGUGUGUGCGCGGACAAGGUUUAGACGAGCGGACGGCCACGGUUCUCGCGGUUUAUACGUCGUGGCCGGCCCUCGACGGGAACAGAGACCGGAACCGUUGUUUGGCAGGUCGAGAAGAAAAAUAUUUUCAGAUCGACACUUUAGUCUCGCCGGUACACCAGCCAGACUAGCCGCGAGGCUGCGGGGCAAGGGUCAUGACGGCAAGCUAAUUCGGUGGAUUAGGCGAACGCUGUUUAUGGUCCUCGGUGCUGUUUGCGCACGUGGCGGGUUCGAUCCGCUUCGAAUUUUCUAACCGAGUCCGGAUGGAUUUCCGUCCGAUAAAAAUAAUCAUGACACGUUGCACAGAUCGUUUUCUGUAUCGCAGUUGCACUUUUUGAUUCCUGAGAGGAUAUUCGGGGUCGUUCAAAAGUCAGUCCUUCGUUUGGUACUGAUUUUUUAAAGAAUAUUUAGGUUAACGUCGAUUUUUGUGUACAAAUUUUUGUAAAAUUUCGUGGAAACUUGUCAUACGGAUAAAUUGAUGAGAAAUUACGAUAUUUUUUCCGGCAAUACUUCAUCGUUCGAAAUAUUAACCCUUAGCACUCGGAAGAUUUUUCUGAAAGUUUGCAGAAAUUGCGAUCUUGCUAUACAAAGCUGAAAUAGAAUUCGAUUUCACCGCUGUGAAAUUUUAUAGGAAUUAAUGAAUAAAAGAUUUCGUGUUCAUUUGUUUUAAAUGAUUACCUUACGAUAUAAAGAAAUAAAAAUUAAGGAGAAAUGCCACUUCUACCGUAUCGGUUCGAAUGCUUUCAAUGUUACUGGAAUUUUCUCAUGAUUUUCGAAUGCGCUAAGAAACGUCUGGCAUUGAUAGCACGAUGCUCGAGAAUCUCGCGACAAAUGCGAUUAAUUAAGGAGCCUAGAUAUCUCGCGCGAAAUUCAAAGAACGUGUCUAAUAAUAGAAGCUCCUUUUGUCGGCCGCGAUGACAAAAAGAGCGGCCAAGAAAAAUUGGUGCCCGGACAAUGGAGCCGAACAAUGCGGGAGGCAAGGAUGACUCAGAAAUUUCGAAAGAUUGAAUCCGCAAACAGUGUGUCACGGUGAGUCACCGGAGGAACAAACGUGGUUCAGUGACCUGUGUUCGGUAAAAUACGGCAAAAAGGAUCGACUUAGCGAGCUCCCCUGAAAAAAAAUCCGUUCCGCAGCCUCGUCCGUAGACUUCCGCGACUCUUUCCAACUUCUCAAGAUGUGAAUUAGCGAAGCAGAACUUGUACCUGGUCGUAGAUUGUUAUUUAGCCACUGCGUACAUCUAUACGCGUAGACGACGAACCGCGGCAUGCGGAUCGAUAGACAGUUAAUCCUUCCGGCGUAGAAUCUUGAAGUUUUAAACAGAAAAAUCUAGGGAAAAAACACACACAAACGAGGAGCAUCUCCGUGACUAGGCUUCGUAAAGAGUAACUUAUAUCGAUCGAGCGGAACGAGAGAUGACGACGCCUAACGAGGCCGAAAGGGUUAAGCCGAAUUUCGGCAUCGAACGAAACGAGCGACGUUCUUCACGCCUUCUUGUCAGAGACAGACGAAAUUAUUUUUUUAUGGGAAGCACAAUAGACGUAGCCGAACGGUGAACGAAGGUUUACCAUGCCCUCGGAUCGAGCACGUUAAUUGCGAUCCAUCUGCCGAUGUCGCGAUCGUUUCGAUGAUCCUCUGUACUCGAGACAUCGACGACGGCGUUCAGUUGAUCUCCGGUUCGAUUUUCCUCGUUAGUCUCGCGCGAGACUCGGGACAGAAAGCGUGAUACCGAUUCCAAUUGGCUGGCGCGCCGGUGGGCGGAGUCGGUGGGCGUGGCGUUCGACGCGCCGAGGUGGAGACUGACGGAGACGCCAACGAGGAAAAACUGACCUGAAUUUCUGUGCCUGAAGAAAAAUCAAAUACGCGAACACUGAUGAUUCUUUUUCUCGGAACGAUAUAUUCGUCUCUCAAAAGCUGUCCUAUAAAAUUCUCUGAAAAGUUUCGAAGCGCCGUGGAUUCGGUAUCGUAUCGAUUCCUAAAAAGUAUCCGUCGCAUACGAGUGAAAGGGUCGCGACAUCGGCAGUGAAGGUGGCGCAAGUGCGAGGAAAGUGCGAGAAAAGUGCAAGAAAGUGUACGCGACACGUUCGCACAGGAUCCGCUUUGAACACUCCCAUCGCGCUUGAACGCGGCCAGUUCCCCCGGCAGCCGUGUAAAUAACACGCCCCUUUCCGAGUCCCGCCGCCAUUUUCCGUUGCCACGCCCCUCGAGUCGAGACGACUGUCGAGAGCACGCACGACCACGCACGCACAGAAAUUGAUUUCGAAGCCCAGCACUCGGUGUCUACGUCCAUUAAUUAAGCGCAGUAACCUAACGACGUCCAAUUGAAUAAGCAAUUCGAGGAGAACCGAGAAGGUAAGGUUCCGCGCGCGGUGUGGAGGCGGGGACCCGGUUUCUUGUCGAUCUUUCUAUCGCCUCUUGUUUCUCCUAACACUCUGUUCUGACAACAGCUUCUAACACCCGUCCCGAGAGCUUUCCCGCAUCAACAGGGUAUAUACGCCAUCUCCUAUCUAAUCCGGAACACUUGCGACCCUGUCACCGUCGGAUUUACUUUUUACCUCCUCCGCGAGGUCACAGGCCACGCCCCCGAUCCCCUCCACCGACACUAACCUGUGUCACGACUGGCUCGGUGACUUCGCGGGGCCUACCAACGAUGAUCUUUUUCUCUCCUCCACCUCCACGCCGCUUGUUUGCUCCUGUUUUUUGAUCAGAGACAUUAUUUUUCUAACGCAUGCUUCUAUGACGUAGCGUCACUCUGUAAAGUUUAUGAUAUACUCUGUACCAGCUCCACAGGAUACACGGUCUGUCCCACUCGAGACGGAACACGCCCACCUCCUCUGUUCGUCGGUGGUGCGACAAAUGUUUCAAACACUGUUUUAUGAUUUCUUUUUAGGUUGUCAUUAUUCUUAUCUGAAACGUACACCUUCUAUUUAUUAUUACCGCGUAGCACGUGUUAAAUAUUCGCAAUUUCUAAGCUUGAUCAU